CGUAGUGCCAAGAGAACUUUCUUCAAAUAUGGAACCCAGCAGAGACCGUUACUACGAUAUCAGUAAGAGGUAUCUGGCGUUAGUCGGGCAGUGGCCCUAUCAGAAGUCAAAAGAGAGCUUGUUUUUUCUGAUGCUUAUACUCUUUUUCGAUGUCAAUGUACUCGUUACACAGGCGGCAAGAUUUUUCGUAUGCGAUAACAUGCAGUGUAUCUUUGAAACUUUACCUCCGCACUUGCUGGCAGCGAUUAUCCCGGUGAAAAUUUUCACGUAUCAAUUUAACAGUCGAAAAAUUAAACAUCUCACAGAUCGCUUAUUCGUAGACUGGGAUUUGCUCGAAUCUGAAAAAGAACGCGAUAUUAUGAGAAAGUAUGCCGAAAAUGGCAGAUGGUACGUGUUGAUAUACAGCUCGUAUGUUUACAUAUCUACCGUUUCAUUUACAACAACCUCUCUUGCACCACGUAUUUUGGACGUUGUAUUUCCUUUGAACGUUUCUCGGCCCAUAAUGCUGCCAUAUCCGGCGUAUUAUUUCGUUGACGACAAUCAAUAUUUCUAUUAUAUUUUUCUUCAUAUGAUAAUUUGCGCCACCAUAUGUUUAACCGGAUUAAUCGCACACGAUUGCAUGUUUUUUACUUACAUCGAACACAUCUGCGGCCUUUUUGCCGUCGUUAGAUACAGAUUUGAGCAUGUAUCACAUAAACGUAGUAACACAGAAAAAGGUAUGAUUGAUUGUCCAGAUUACUUGUAUUACAAAAACGUUGUGAUUUCGAUUCACGCUCAUCGAAAGGCGUUGCAGUUCGUUAAAAUUCUUGAAGAUACCUUUUCGAUAUCCUUUGCCGUGCAACUCCUGUUAAUUACACUCUGCUUGAGCAUUACUUUGGUGCAACAGGACCUUACCUUCCUCGCGUUCAAGCUUUCGACGCAGCUGCACGAUUCAGCGGAAGCGAUGAGAUAUUUCGUCUUCAUUAUGGCCCAAUUGUUUCACUUGUUCUGCUUUAGCUUCCAGGGACAAAAGCUGAUAAAUCAUAGUCUCGGAACUCGCGACAACAUCUAUCACAGUUUGUGGUAUAAAAUACCUGUGAAGGAACAAAGAUUGCUCCUAUUCGUAAUGAGAAAAAGCAUUGAAGCUAGUGCUUUUACCGCCGGCAAAAUAUAUGUGUUUUCUUUAGAAAAUUUUACAACGGUAAAGGAAUGUAUGGAACACAGUAGGCAUUACUAUUACGAUAUCUGUAAGUGGUACCUGAUGUUCGUCGGGCAGUGGCCUUAUCAGAAGUUGAAAGAGAGUUUGUGUUUCUUGACUUUUAUACUUAUUCUUGAUGCCAGUGCACUUGUUACACAGAUAGCAAAAUUUGUCGUAUGCAACAAUGCGUUGUGUAUUUAUGAGACUUUACCACCACAUAUGCUGACGGUGAUGAUUCUGGUGAAAAUCUUCACGUAUCAGUUUAACAGCCGGAAAAUUAAAGAUCUCACAGAUCGCUUAUUCGCAGACUGGGAUAUACUCGAAACUAAGGAAGAACACGACAUUAUGAAAAAGUAUGCACAAAACGGCAGAUGGUACGCCCUGAUAUACGGCUCAUACGUUUACGUGUCUACCAUUUCGUUUGCAACAACCUCUCUCGUACCACGCAUUCUGGAUGUUGUAUUUCCAUUGAAUACUUCCCGUCCAAUAAUGUUAGCAUAUCCGGCGUACUACUUCGUUGACGAAAAUCGAUAUUUUUACUAUAUUUUACUUCAUAUGUUAACUACUAGCACUUUAUGCAUGACCGGAUUAAUCGCGCACGAUAGCAUGUUUUUUGUUUACGUCGAACACAACUGCAGCCUCUUCGCCAUCGUUGGAUUUAGAUUUGAGCACGUUUCACAACGUAGUAAUGCGAAAACACAUUUGACCGAUUGUCUGAAUAACAAGUACGUUCACAAAAACGUUGUAUUUUCGAUUCGCGCUCAUCGAAAAGCGUUACAGUUUGCUAAACUUCUUGAAGAUACCUUUUCGAUAUCGUUCGCCGUGCAACUUCUGAUCGUUACAAUUGGCUUGAGCAUUACUUUAGUACAACUCUCGACAAACUUGCACGAUAUAGCGGAAGCGAUGAGAUACUUUGUCUUCAUUAUUGCUCAAUUAUUUCACUUGUUCUGCUUAAGCUUCCAAGGACAAAAGCUGAUAAAUCAUAGCCUCGAAACAUGCAACAAGAUAUAUCACGGCUUGUGGUUUACCAUACCCGCGAAGGAACAAAGACUGCUCCUAUUCGUGAUGAGAAAAAGUGUCGAAGCUAGUAUCUUAACCGCCGGCAAGAUAUACGUGUUUUCUCUAGAAAGUUUCACGACGGUUGUGCAAAGCUCGAUGUCGUACUUCACGUUACUAUCGUCCUUUGAUGUGUCGUGAUCGAUACUCGAC